CUUUUGUCUUGCAGUCAUAUCAUAUAUCACCUACCAAUGCCCAUCACAAUCAUCCCCACCAUCCGCCUGUUCCACACUCUCACCGUCCAUCACAGCCCCCCACACCAAUCCAACAAGGUCCCAGCACUCCUCAUACACCUCACACACCUAUGACACCACAUCGACCAGGAAUGUCUCCAAUGCCACACAGACCAGGCCUCUCUCCAAUAUCACCAGCUACACAUUUCCCUCAGUCUCCUAGUGUAAUGCAGUCUCAUCGGGCCACUCCAGUGUGCCCGCCUCCUGCUCCUCCAGCUCCAGGACCUCCCCCACCGUACAGUCCUGCGCCGUCUUCUGUGUCAUCAUAUCUCCCUAAAACAGUCUGCAACACAGAGGUCAAUUCAUUGAUAAUGAACAUACUCCUCAGUGACACAGCUUUAAAUAUUUUCCGUGAUCACAAUUUCGACAGCUGCACAUUGUGUGUGUGCAAUGGUGAUGAUCCAAAGGUUGUUGGUACUAUCAGAGGUGCUGAUGCUGGUGUAUACUUAGCACCCUAUGGGCCUCAUCCUCUUAAUGAAGAUGACUCUACCAGAUGUACAUGUGGCUUCUCUGCUGUUGUAAACCGAAGACUAUCUCAUCGAGCUGGCCUCUUUUAUGAAGAUGAAUAUGAAAUUACUGGACUUUCUGAUGAACCAAAUAUUACCAAUAUGCGCAGUGGGAUUCCUGCUUUAGACAUUAUGACUCUAAUUAAUGGACUGUCAAAUGAUAUUAAUGAUACAGUUAGACCAAUAGAUGUCCUCAGUUUGAUGAAAGAACAAUGUGGUGUUAUUGUGCGAAGUCCUGCAAGUGCUUUGACCAAAGCAGCCCAAAAAUCUUCCUCUGCCACUCCUCUUAUGACUGUGAAUGCUCUAGAACUUGGAGACAGCAAUGAGGCAAGCUGGGUAGCUGUGGAGCAAGGUCUCAUGGUCGCUGCUGCACGCAUUCCCUGCAUGCAUCGAUGGCCUUUCCUUCGUGCCUCUGGUCCUGAGUGCAGCCAAGAUAUAGUUCGGGUUAUGAAGUCGCUGCAGCCACAGCUUCAAGAAGCUGUGCAGAAGAAGUACAGACCUGGGUUGUGGGAGGCUCCUUACACAGUUGCUGGACCUCUAACUUGGAGGCAGUUCCACCGUCUUGCUGGUAGAGGUACGGAAGACAGAUGUGAGCCUCAGCCAAUACCGUCAAUGAUGGUUGGCUAUGAGAAGGAUUGGCUAUCACUCUCCCCAUAUGCUCUUCACUACUGGGAAAAACUCCUGCUUGAGCCUUAUUCAUACUCACGAGAUGUUGCAUAUAUUGUGGUUGCUCCAGACAAUGAUUUUGUUAUCAAUCGGUGUAGAGGAUUUUUCAAAGAGCUUAGCACAGUGUAUGAGGUCUGCAGAUUAGGUAGGCACUCCCCUAUAACCAAGGUUUUGAGGGAUGGAAUUCUUCGUGUAGGAAGCUCAGCUGCUAUGAAAUUGGGCAAGGAGCCUAUAGACGACUGGUUUAAGAUGCUAGGAGACACUCCAACCGCUAAUAUGUUACGUCUAUAUGCUCAAGUUUGUCGGCACCACUUGGUUCCACAAUUAUUAACUAUGCCCUUUGACAAGACACUCCUGGAAUCGUCAGAUGGGCCGCAACUCAAAACUGUGGAACGCCCUGCUCCAUCUCCCAUGCCUCCACCUAGUGCUGACAGUGACAAAGGUCCUAAUACUCCUAAGAGUGAUCACGAUGGGGACGGAAACCGCGACCCGCUGGCGGGUGUUGGCAGUUCCCAAGAUAGUAGUCACUUAGAUGAUGAAGAAAGGGAGCCACCAGCUGUUGUCAUAUACCUUGUUGAACCAUUUACUGUUGGAUCAGAAAGCUCAGAAGUUGAACGGCUAGCAUGUAUUGGUUUACUGAAAUGCUUUUCAACAGUUGUACAAGCUAUGCCAGAAAACUUGCGAAACAAUAUGGCUGUUCAGGUGGUUUCCUUGGAGAGUAUUGUCGAGCAAAGCAAGUCCUGUGCAAGAAGUGAUUACAUGCGCAGUGUUGCACUCUCAGUAUACUCUCAAUGUCGUCGGGUUAUGCAACACACCUCCAAUGUCAAAGCACUUACUGGCUUUGGUCCUGCAGCAACUGGUGAUCUAUUCCUGAAGAACAAAGACCAGGAAAAGAGCCGUGCGCCUUAUCGCCUGUACUCACCUCCAUUCAUCUUGGCUCCUGUGAAAGAGAAGUCAGACCCUGCUGAAGCAGCUGAAGAGUGUUGUGUUCUUUAUCUAAGCUACUGCCUUUCGGAAGAUCAACGUUGGCUAUUAGCAUCAGCCACUGAUGAAAGAGGAGCCAUUUUGGACACUGCUGUUAUCAACAUUCACAUUCCCAAUCGGUCCAGACGGAAAAAGGCCUCGGCCCGACGUAUCGGCUUACAGAAGCUCAUGGACUUCAUCCUGGGUGUAAUGUCUCAAAGUGUGAGACCUUGGCGUCUUGUUGUUGGGCGAAUCGGACGCAUUGGCCACGGUGAACUGAAAGGAUGGAGUGGUCUUCUCAGCCGUAAAGCUUUGGUGAAAGCAUCAAAACACCUGAAAGAGAUAUGUGGACAGUGUAAUUUGCUACAAACCAACACAGUUCCAAGCAUCCUGAGUGCAUGUUUGGUCUCAUUAGAACCUGAUUCCGCAUUGAGACUUAUGCCUGAUCAAUUUACUCCUGAUGAACGGUUUAGUCAGACAUCUGUAAACUGUCAAUUAUCAACUCCUCAAGAUGUCACAUGUACACACAUUCUUGUGUUUCCUACUUCAGCCACAACUCAGUCCUCACAAACAGCCUUUCAAGAGCAGCAUAUUAAUGGUCCUGGAGAACUGGAUAUGGUAUUUUUGGAUGAAGGUGAUAUGCCUGAAGGCAUUGAUGAUCUGGGAGGUUUUGACAUCUUUAAUUGGCAAGACAAUGGAACUGGAGUUCACAGUCCAGGAAAUUCACCUCGUAGAGAUUCUCCUAGUGGUAUGAAUCCAAGCAGUCCAACACCAGAUGCUUCUGGAAGUCCGUACCCUUGCCACACUCCUGCAAGGGGAAGUGAACCUCAAGAGGAAGUUGGAAAUAUACUCCAGCAGCCUCUAGCUCUGGGUUAUUUAGUGUCAACUGCACCUACUGGUCCAAUGCCAUCAUGGUUUUGGGCAUCAUGUCCGCACCUUGAGAAUGUGUGUCCAUGUUUCUUAAAGAAUGCUCUUCAUCUACACACCAUACAGCACAGUUCAGAGGACUUGCUCAACAAUCAGCAACCACAAGUCAGCGUUCAUCCAUUGGAUUCACAGAUCACGACUGAUGUCCUCAGAUACGUUCUUGAGGGCUAUAAUUCUCUGUCAUGGCUUGGCCUGGACUCAAAUUCCCAUGAUCGUUUGUCUUGUCUCCCAGUGCAUAUGCAAGUGUUGAUGCAGCUUUACCAUAUGACAUCAACACUUGUGUGACACCAGUCACAUGUUGAAUGAUUAGCAAUGAAUUAAUAUCCCUCACCAAAUUUUAGCUGUGAUUUGAAAAUGUGGAUAAGACCAUCAGUGUCUAACUAUUUAAUACUUGCUGUAUUAAGUUUAAUCCUAGGAAAAAUGUGUUUUCAUGCCGCUGAAUUGUAAUGGAACAUUGUGUCUUAAAGAUUUAGUAGUGCUAGUUCCCUCCUCAUAUCUUUUCCCCCUUUUUCCCAGGUUGGAGGCUUGUAUCCAGGGGACAUUAGUCUUCUUUAUGAGUGUUGCACUACUCAUUAAUUAAAUGAAGUUUUGUAGUGUAAUUUCUUAAAUGCAUUGAACAUAUAAAUUAUGUAAUUAUUUAUAUAUUUAGCUUUAUAUAUUGUUGUGAAUUUGCUGGUAUGAAUGUAUGUAGGUAUGUGUGUAUGUAUGAGUGUGUGUACGUACUGUAUGCAAGUGUGAGUGUGUGUGUGGGUAGGUUUGCGCACGCCCGUGCGGUCAAAAGUGCAUACUUGUAAUCAAUCAACUUGGACUCGUUCCAUUUUUAGAUCUUUUAGCAUUGGGAAAAACCUUUACAUGUUUUCAAGUAAUUUUUCAAAUUAUUUUGUGGUUGUAUACAAUUUUAAGGGCAAAGUUGAAGCUAAGUGACAUCCUGAAAUCACUGUGCCUUUUAUCUAUCCAUUGCUUUUGGAAAGCUCGAGUGUAUGACUUGAAAGCAUUAUGGUAGCUAAUAUGUGCAAUCUUGCUAUUUUUAACCCUUAUGUUAUUGAUGGUCUCAUUAACUUAAAGCUCUGCUAUAUAAAGAUAUUUAUUUUCAGCUUCCUUCCCUCUCUUCUGUUUCUAUCGCUUUUUUAAAUCAAUGACUUCAUUAACCUUCCAUGUUAUGUGUUUCUCUGCGUAAGUUAUGUUGAUAUUUACAAUCUCUGUGUUGUCUUUCAAGAGCAAGUACUUAGAUCAGUAUGUGUAGUUCCUUGCAUUGUUAGCUUUUGACAUUUUUGAGCAAAAUAUUUUUUCAUGUUAAAUCUGUUGUGUGCUUCUUUCUGGAGUAUUCUGUAUCUUUUUGAGAAUCAUUUAUUGUGUUUUUAACUGUCCUAAACUUUUUACACUAUAGUUUGAAAGUAUGAGCAAAUCAUACUACACCUUUUUUUUUUUUUUUUACCUGAAUUUUAAGCCUAAACAAUGGUACAUAUUUAGUAUAUUUAUCAUUUAAUUUCUAUCAUACCUACUGCUCUGUUAACAUGAUCAUGGGUGUUACUUUUUUUACAUGCCUUUUUUUAAAAGUGUAUUUUUACCCAAUGUUUUCUCAAGCAGAAUGAUCUUACCAUUUGAUUACUACAAAGAAUUGUAAUUGUUAUGAACAAAUACUUUUGGCAGCUGCUUAAAUUGUAGAAAUGACUGAUAUCUAUCCAUGUUGCAUAAGACCAUUUGCCUUAUUAUAAACUUUUACAUUACUUAAACAAAUUUAUCUCUGUUGGAGCAUGUUAAGUUUAACUUUUUUGGAGUUCUUAAGUAACUUCUGGAUGAACUGAUUUUGGCAGUGUUUGUCAGAAUGAGUUUUAGGUCAAUUCUCAGUUCUUUUUUAGAUGAAUUUGUGUUGGACAGUUGCCAAAGUGGGGCGCUGUGAUCUGCUGUGGUGCUGUGGAGUUGUCUUCCUCGCAAAUGGCAGUGAGCCAUGAAGUUGCUUUUGACAACUAGCUCAAGCAUUCAUUUGUCAAACAAGCUUGCUACCUACUGUCAAAGACACAGUAAUAUCUUAUUUAUGUGAAUGAACUUCCAAUAAAUGUACAUUGCAGUAUUCAGAUCCAAUUUGUGAUACAGUAUUUGAAAUAGAAGGUGUUGGAUCUCCAGUGUACUGCUUAAAAUCGAAAUUGAACUUGUCACACUACCCGCUCGGAGGGUGUUGCCGUGGAUUAAUUAUGGUUACCUUGCUCUAAUAUGGCCACCAACAUUUGUGAUGGGUACCUAGGAGCAAUGAACUAAGGUUGAGAGAUUGUACUACACAAACUCACAACUUGAGAUAAGUGGAAUUUAUUUUUAUAGGUGUGACAAAGUUUGGUAGAUGGUGCUGGAAACAGGAUAGGAGUUGACUUCCAGGUGGUUGCUUCCCCACUCCCAGCCUUUUUUCUCUGUCACACCACCUUACCAAAUUUUAGUUAAAUGUUAUUUAUUAAAUAAUUAGGUAGAAUCUGUAGAACAAAGAUCAACAUCAAAUACUUUACAAAUCUAAUGCUAAAUGAUUCAUGUCUUUGUCCAUCAAGGUUUUGCAUUGUAGGUUUACUAUUCUGCAAGACACUGGAAUUAAUGGUCAGACUUAAAUUAUUUUAAUUUUCAUUUGGACUGUUGGAGAUUGACUUUGGAGUAUGAAUGAAUGUUAGAGUUUGUGUGUGAAGAUGGUGUGAAAAAGGCGAUAAAUGUUGCUACUUAGAGUAUCUAUCAAUUUUUUGAUUCUUUGUGUACCAAUAUACCUGUGUCCACUCCUAACUUAUUCUCUAGUACCAUUCUACCAUUUUAGACAUACAUACUGUAUCUUGUAGUAUGUGGUAGCACAUGAAAAAUCGUUUUUGUUGUUUUUUAUUUUUUAACAAUUUUAGGGAUUGGGAUUCUUGUAACUAUGACAUGUGUAUAUAAUGCCUAUUAUAACUUAAAAACAGUAUACAUAUUUACGCGGAAUUAUAAGAUAAUUAUAUGAUGCAGAAUGUAAUAAAUGAAAAUAGUACAAACUGCAAAACUGUGUACAGUUGGACUGAGUGUGUACAAAGAACGAUGAGUGUGCUGUUACAUUUUAUCCCUAUCUUGUGUACAGUGUGUACAAUUUUGUAAAGGAAAGACCUGUACUGGUUCUUACAACAAUACAUUCUAGUGAGGUUUUGGAGUCAAUACUUUAUUACACUUAAAAAAAGAGA